AUGGUAACCCGAGCAGAUAGACUCCGUAGGAAAAAGAAGAACACUACCAAGGCGGUAGAUACCAUUGGUAAAUUGAGAAAAUUGAAAAAACACUUUCCCGAACUCACCCAACCUUUAAAGCCUAAACCUGGAUUUACCAAACAACCCGAAGAGAGUUUUUCAUCCAUUACCAAUGAAGAGGAAUUGAGAUUGGAGAGAGAACUUUCUGAAAAUCCACUCUCCUAUGAUGCUCGGAUGAAAUUGAAGAGAGAAAUUAUGAAGAGAGAAUUCCGUGAUGAUUUGAGUAAAUUAAUGAAAGAGGAUGAGGCUAAAUUUCAAUUAUCAUUCACUCCGAAACCUACUGAAUCAUCAGUUAAUAAGAAGAAGAUGGAAAAGGAUGAACAAUCAACAACGAAAGGAGUGUCAUCAUCAACUGGAUCCUCCGAAAGCAAGACCAUUCCAAAAAAGAAAGUUAAAAAACAUCUUCAAAAACCAAUUACUUUCACCACGAAUCAUGUAUUAAAGAGAUUGAGCAGUGAGAGAGAAGCUUCAGACUCGUUGACAGAUUUUUGGGAAGGAACGGACAACACAAAACGAAGAAAACCAUCAGAGCCAGCACCGGAAAUCGUGCGAGAGGUAAAGAAAGCAUUCUAUAACCCAGUCUCAGGUCAAUCCUAUAAUCCAUCACUGAAAGAAUAUAAAAAGGCCCUUACAAUGGCUUCAAAAGGAGAAUCUAAGAUUUUUAACCAGUUGGAUAGUGUACUGAAUCAACUCACAAAUAGACAAGAUGAUGUCACACCAAGUGCCACCUCUUCUCAAAAUGUAGAUCCAUCUUCUCCAGAAGAGAAUGAACGACAAGAAACCAGCAUGGAGGAAAAAACACCAAGACCAAAACCAAAAUUCUUAAAGAAAAAAAAGAUUCUCAGUCUCACGAAGAGAAAGGGAUUGAGACAACAUAAGGGUGACCUUUUGCGCUCACUUCUUAAAAAAAAGAGAGCUGCUGAGGACACAAUUAAUGUUGCCAAGUUUGGUAAGAGAUUAUUGAAACAUAGAGAAGAAUUUGAAAAAUUACUUCCAAAGAUCAGGGAGAAGAGAGAGCAAGCCAGGUUAAAGACACUUAAAAAGGAUCCAGUUCAAUCAUCGAAUGAUGUCAUGAUUCAUUCUGAGAAGGAUAUUGACGAAGCUUUCAAGGCAAAGAAAGUUGAUGAAACUACAACACUGUCAUCUGUUUCAUCCUUUAGACAAAUACAAAAUGGUAACUCGGAACAAUUAUGGGUUUCCUUCACGAAACGUUUCCAUGACACAAAGACUGUGCAUGAUCGAUCGUAUUCGAAAGGUCAUCGACGAGUUGGAGAAUAUAUUAUAUAA